AUGUCAACGACAAAGCAGAUCAGCCCUCCCGUUUACGGCCCUUUGAGUCAAGGCCAUUCUUACAUCAGAGAACUAAUCUGUGCUUCCCGCUUAUGGCAGGAAUUCACCGAACCCAUAGAGUUCGCUAUAUGGAUGGCAUCCUCAGAAGUAGACCAAAAGUUUCUUGGUCACUUUGCUACUCGCACCAGUGAAACCAACCCGUUCCUUUCGGGCAUGCUAUAUAAGAUACUGGGACUUUCGGUCAUAUUAUCCAAGAAACUGCUCCGAGCUCGAAAGCUGCGACGGCUGGACCCGACUCGGGAAACAAAGUCCUUUCAGUUAUAUCACCACAUCCUCUGGCUUUCGCGGGAAGGGCUCAUAAUCGUGGAGCAGUAUGUGCACCCUAUGGUAGCGGAUUAUGUAGAACUGCGAGUUCUAGCAUACAAACUGCAAGCAUCCUUUUAUCACAUAUUUGUGCUCUUCCACAACCAACCCCGUGUCUACCACCGAGGCAUCCAGGCACUCCCCGGCUCGACGUCCUUUGUUGAUAUUGUCAAUGCAACCGCACCCACUAACGGGAAAGAUGGAACAAACGCGCCAGAAUCAUCUGUAACAUCUCAUCCGGUCGAAGGCGGUCCUGUCGGAGCCGGAAGCCAGCUACAACCCCCAGGGCUAGAGGUACCGGUACAACCCAAAUUUGCGGCGUCCUUUAUCCUUCCAGCGAUAGAUUAUACGCCACGCGCGACGGAAUGCUUUGCUUAUGUAGCUACGCUAGCGGACCAACUACUCCCAGGCUCGCACCCAAUACGCCUGUCCGUCAAGCUCGAAUACGCUGCAUACCUAUAUGACUGUCUCAACGAUUCGACAGCAUGCAGACGCCUAGCUAAACAAGCCAUUGCAGACGUCUACAACGCCCAAGAAGGAAUGGACGACGAGAGCUUCGAAGAUGCCGCGGAGCUAGUGAGCGUGCUCGGCAAGAUGGUCAAACGAGGAGGUACACCUUCUCGCGACGCUACAGCAGCAGCAGAUGUCAGCGGCACUCCAAAGAAUCGCCAGCAACAGCCCAAAUCGCAACAGCCGACAACACCUCAACAGCCAAUCCCGGCUACCAGAGGAACACCUUCGAACGUCCCGGGCGAGGCAGGGCUCGGACUAGCCAUUCCACAGCCUGCCAUGGCUAAUACGAUAUAA